UGGAAUCAUCAUCAUCAUGGAUCGUCUGUAAACCUCAUUGUGCAGCAGGUAGCCGAACGAAUGCGGCAAACACACACCUUUGCUCUUCAGUAAUGAAUGACAGCUCUCUAACAUCUGAGAACAUCAUGUUUCAGGAGCUGACUGCAGAUGCUCUGAACAGCAGUUGUGACUCUACCAUGCCCACGUGUAACAAUGGCACAGGUGAAGCGGCAUUGCAGCUGCCCACCUUUUCCAUGGCAGCGAAAGUGAGGGUGAUAAUUACCUUUACUCUUUGCGCAGUGUCAGCUGUGUGCAACCUCGCCGUGCUGUGGGCUGCCAGCACCAAUAACAAGCGCAAAUCCCAUGUGCGAAUUUUAAUCAUGAACCUCACCGUUGCCGACCUACUGGUGACUUUCAUUGUGAUGCCGGUGGAUGCUGCUUGGAACAUUACGGUUCAGUGGCUGGCUGGUGACCUGGCUUGCAGAUUGUUAAUGUUUCUGAAGCUCGUGGCUAUGUACUCCUGUGCGUUCGUGACUGUGGUCAUAAGCCUGGACAGGCAGUCGGCCAUUCUCAACCCUCUGGCCAUCAAUAAGGCUAAAAAGAAGAACAAAGUAAUGCUGAGUGUGGCCUGGGUGAUGAGUUUUGUUCUCUCUGUCCCUCAGAUGUUUCUGUUUCACAACGUGACCAUCACGGUGCCAGCCAAUUUCACUCAGUGCACCACCCGCGGGAGCUUUGUGAAACACUGGCAGGAGACCAUUUACAAUAUGUUCACUUUCAUUUGCCUCUUCCUGAUACCUCUGGCCAUCAUGAUCUGCUGCUACACGAGGAUCUUGGUGGAGAUCUCCCGAAGGAUGUCCAAAGGAAACAUCUCUUCAAAGGAAAUCCACUUACGGCGUUCCAACAGCAACAUCCCAAAGGCCCGUAUGAGGACUUUGAAAAUGAGCAUAGUCAUCGUGACGUCUUUCAUAGUUUGUUGGACACCGUACUACUUGCUGGGUCUAUGGUACUGGUUCCUUCCUGAUGAUCUAGAAGAGACUGUUUCUCACUCACUGACUCACAUGCUUUUUAUUUUUGGACUUUUUAAUGCAAUUCUGGAUCCCAUCACUUAUGGGCUCUUCACCAUCCAUUUCCGCAAAGGACUGAAGCGUUACUGUCGCAACGCGGCUGUACUCGCAGAGUCAGAAAAUAACUCCAUCAUGACGGGCUCAUUGAAAUGCUCACCAUCUCCGUUUCACAUGAAAAGAGUGACCCAGACGAGUCCAGGAGCUAACCCAGAGCAGAAUAUGGUGGGUGGGGAAGAUAAGAAGCCAGCUGACCGUAAAAACAAGGAAUAGUG